AUGUCGCCGCCCAUCCGCGCCUGGGUCAAGUCCAACGUCACGUCCUCGUUCCUUUACCCCCUCAAGGGAAUCUGGUACUUUGCGACGCACCGCUACCUCCACCCGCUCCUCCGCAGUCGCCUGGUUCCACUGACCCUCCUGUCAACCUGCGUUCUUGCCAUCCUCUUCCUCACGGCAUACCUUCCCAUCGUCGCCUUCCUCGCCCUCUUCCACUACAAGGGCUCGGCAUGGGUCAACGCCACCUUCUUCAUCCUGGCCAUGGGCUCGCYGCUCAUCCAGGUGCUCUUCGAAGCUAUGCUUGUCGACCACACACAGGUUGACAUCUUCGACGCGGUCAUGGUUGCCGAGGGGUACGAGCAUCUGGUCAAGAACCGCCGGGAAGUGUCCGAGGACAUCGACGAAAGCGAUCCAUACAAGCGGCUGGGCGCAAGAGACUCGGGAGCAAAGUUCGCACCGUUCAGCUUCAGGCAGAUUGUGGAGUUUGUCGUCUUGCUGCCGCUCAACUUCGUGCCUUUCGCAGGUGUGCCGCUGUUCUUGCUGUUGACGGGAUAUCGAGCGGGUCCCCUCAUGAACUGGCGCUACUUUCAACUGAGGCAGUUCUCGAAGAAGCAGCGGAACGCUUUCAUCAAGACGAAGCAGAGGAGAUUUGAGUACUUGUGGAUUGGAACGGUGCACAUGAUCCUUCAGCUGGUCCCUAUUCUGGCCAUGUUCUUCCUGCUCACCACAGCAGCGGGAAGUGCGCUGUGGAGUGUGCAUGUCGAGCAGGAAAGACAGAGUGCCGAGCGAAUGGGAGCAUCCACUCCCGAAGAGCGAGAGGAGGACGACGAACCGCCUGCGUACACAGAUGAGCCUUGA